ACCCUCUUCACAACCACACAAAGCCGCCAUUGUUAACCAUUUCUCUUCCUUCAAUCCUUUCUCAAUUUUCUCAACGACCCUUUUCGUUAUUCUUCUCUAAUGGCUCUUUCUGCUUCCAAAGUUUCGAUCUUUUCACCUUCACCUAUCGUGGGUCAUUUCUCAAAAAACCUCACUUUUUCUUCUUUGAAUCUUCCUAUGGAUGGUGAUAAGAGGAAGAACGUGAAGGUUCAUGCUGCUGCUGCAAAUGCACCAACGGCAUUAACUGGUGUUAUCUUUGAACCGUUUGAAGAAGUCAAGAAAGAUGUUCUUGCUGUUCCUAUUGCUCAUAAUGUUUCUUUGGCUCGUCAGAAUUUUCAAGAUGAAGUUGAAUCUGCAAUCAAUGAACAGAUUAAUGUGGAAUACAAUGUUUCCUAUGUGUACCACUCCUUGUUUGCAUACUUUGACAGAGACAACGUUGCUCUUAAGGGACUUGCCAAGUUCUUUAAGGAAUCUAGUGAAGAAGAAAGAGAGCAUGCUGAGAAGCUCAUGAAAUAUCAGAACAUUCGUGGUGGAAGAGUGGUGCUGCACCCUAUUGUGAGUCCUCCUUCAGAAUUUGAUCAUGCAGAAAAGGGAGAUGCAUUGUAUGCCAUGGAAUUGGCUCUGUCUUUGGAGAAGUUAGUAAAUGAGAAACUUCUGAAUGUUCACAGUGUGGCUGAUCGUAACAAUGAUCCUCAAUUGGCAGACUUCAUCGAGAGCGAGUUUUUGGUAGAGCAGGUUGAAUCAAUUAAGAAGAUAUCAGAGUAUGUGACUCAACUGAGAUUAGUUGGAAAGGGUCACGGUGUGUGGCACUUUGAUCAGACUCUUCUCCAUUGAUUAAGAUGAUGAUGUUUGGUCUAUUAUGAAGCUACGUGUUGUUUUUACAUUACUGGAAUAGUGAAUAAAUGUAUUCUCCUAGGUAGAAGUAGAAGCUGUGUAAUAUUUUAGUUGCUAGUAAGAACUAUGUGUAGAACAAGAACUGGAGCCAUAACAACUGUUUGUAGCUUGCAACAAUUAUUUUGUUAGAAAUGAAAAUGACGACUUUGGCUAUUAGUUUCAAUUA